AUGAACGAAUGCCACUAUGAUAAACGCAUGGACUUCUUUUAUAAUAGGAGUAAUGCUGAUACGGCAGACGAAUGGUCAGGAACGACUCUCGUAAUCGUUUUAUGCUUUGGCACCUUUUUUUGUUUCUUUAUUUUCCUUUCAAACUCCUUGGUCAUAGCUGCUGUGGUAACAAACAAGAAGUUCCACUAUCCCUUUUAUUAUUUGCUAGCCAACCUGGCUGCUGCAGAUUUUUUUGCGGGCAUUGCUUAUGUAUUUUUGAUGUUCAACACUGGCCCGGUGUCAAGAACAUUAAGUGUAAAUAGAUGGUUUUUGCGCCAGGGACUUUUGGACACAAGCUUGACAGCUUCUCUGGCCAACUUACUGGUAAUUGCUGUUGAGCGGCACAUGUCUAUUGUGAAGAUGAGGCUUCACAGUAAUCUCACAAAGAAGAGGGUCACGUUUUUUAUUUUGUUGAUCUGGGCCAUAGCGAUUUUCAUGGGUGCGGUGCCCACAUUGGGCUGGAACUGCCUGUGCGACAUUUCCACCUGCUCUUCUCUAGCUCCUAUUUAUAGCAGGAGUUAUUUGAUAUUUUGGACAGUCUCCAACCUGGGAGUUUUCUUCAUCAUGGUUGUUGUAUACAUAAGAAUCUACAUGUAUGUCCAGAGAAAAACAAAUGUUUUGUCUCCGCACACUAGUGGAUCCAUCAGCCGCAGGAAAACUCCGAUGAAACUUAUGAAGACCGUCAUGGCAGUGUUAGGUGCUUUUAUUGUAUGCUGGACUCCUGGACUUGUUGUACUACUCCUUGAUGGUUUGAAUUGCACUCAUUGUGAGGUUCAGAAUGUGAAAAGGUGGUUCCUUCUCCUAGCUCUGCUGAACUCUAUCAUGAAUCCAAUAAUUUACUCUUACAAAGACGACGAGAUGUCAAAUACUAUGAGGCGCAUGAUUUGUUGCUCAUUUGAGGAGAGAAGCCAGGAUCGUCGGUCUUCGAGGAUCCCCUCUGCAGUGCUCGGCAGGAGCAUAGAUUCCUCUAGCCAGUACUUGGAAAAUGGCAUUAGUCAAGUGACUAUCAGUGGCAAAGAAAAUACCUGAAUUCUCCCCCUCCUCCAAAUGGGGACUGCGCCGGGGGUAGGCCACAAUCCAAAUGAUCUCUGAACCACCUGAGAUCACUGAACCCUGAAACCACAGAAGAAUAUGUUCUCUGUACCAAAACCCAGAUCCCAGGGUUACCUGACAUCUUUGUAAAUAAUUACUGGAUGAGGAAAAAAUGUACUUGAAGGGAUAUGAAAGAAUGGAAGGAGUGGUUUCAACUCUGCAGUGUUCCUUUUAAGUCUGGAAACAGUACAAGCAGCAUUAUGGAGCCUCCUUCCUCAGAGGUCUAGGCAGUGGUGCGAUGUCACUGUGCCAGGGCUGCACCUUAACAGCCAAUUGUGGUGAGGUGACAGGGUCAGCUUCUCAGUAGACGGGGGGAGGUCCUCAUCCUCAAGUGAGGCUUUAUUUUUACAUCUUUUGAGGGCUGCCAUUCUCAGCUACAUUUUUUGUGCCUGGCACAAAAGUACUUCAGUUGCCAAACAUCAGAUUCUCUCUCAGUGCUCAGCGCUUCCUUCUGAUGAACACCUGUUCAGAAUUGGGCAUUGAGCAAAUACUCAAAAGGAAUGAGUGCUUUUCUGCCACCACAACAAAGCA